UUUGAUGUGCCGCUCUAUUUGAAUUCCAAGCUUCAUUGUUACCAGUUUGAAAGAAUGGAGAGCACAAAACAGAAACCUAGAUAAGAAAGGUACUCUAGAACGUCUAGUCAUGAACUGCAGGCAUCUCUUAAUUCUACUAAUAAUUAAAGGCUUUAAUGGAAAAGAAUGUACAUCACAGUUUUUUACUUCUGAUAUCAAAGAAUACAAGAACAUUGAUAACGCUUCUUUUUGGUUUGAUGCACAAUCUAAUGUCAAUUUUUUGCUGUACACAAGGUAUAAUGAGAAGGCACAGAAAUUGAUUUAUGGUAGCGUAUCAAGUGUGAUGUACUCAAACUACGAUUUGACGAAAAAGACCAAAAUAUUGAUUCAUGGCUGGCUGAACUCAGGGGAGAACUUUUUCUGCGAGCAACUCAAAAAUGCAUAUUUGCGUGCCCAUGAUUACAACGUGAUUGCAGUCGACUGGUCUGCCUAUUCCUACAACCCAUAUUUAAUUGCAAGAUUCUCAAUUAAUGCAAUAGGUCCGUAUGUCGCCAAGAUGAUCGAUUUUCUCAUAGAAGAUAUCGGCACAGAUUACACCAACGUACAUGUCUUGGGGCACAGUCUGGGUGCCCAUAUAGCAGGCCUGGCAGGGGAACACAUGAGGCAAAACCUCUCCAGAAUCACAGGUAUGGACCCAGCGAGCCCGUUAAUUUUGGGCAACGGCCACUACAGACUCGAUGAGACAGAUGCCAACUUUGUCGACGUGAUACACACAAGCGUUUAUUACCUCGGAGUCUACAAGCCAAUCGGUCAUGUCGAUUUUUAUCCGAAUGGAGGCGGCCCCCUUCAACCAGGAUGCGGAGUCGAAAUCGGUGUAUGCACACAUAGAAGAUCAUACAGAUAUUAUAUAGAAUCUAUAUUCAAUUUAUAUGGAUUCAUGGCGAAAAAGUGUGAGACUUGGCAAGAUUUCGUAAGUAACAACUGUCUGGCUGAAGUAGCUUUCAUGGGAGAAAAUGCAUCACCAAUGUCAAGAGGCAAGUUUUAUUUGAGGACAGCAACAAGCCCUCCUUUUGCACUGGGCAGUUUAUUUUUUUGAUGUACUAAUUCUAAUUCGU